CAGGUGCCCCGUAUGCAGAUUUAUAAAUCAAGAAAUGGGUCCUUUGUGACUGCCUUGUUGAAUAGCAAGAAAUCUGGUCACUCGGGUGAUAGCAUUUUGCAGAAUGCAAACCACUUGGUGCCUUUCUGUCCUGCUGCAUCUUCGUGUCACCGGCAGGUACCACAGUGGCGAGAUCAUCCUGGGUAAAGUGACUGCAGAUGAGAUACGCCCUAGCACAAAGAACAGCCUCUGUGCAUCCCUACUCUGCCAUUUCCUGCUAUUUUUAUGUCCUUGGAAAAACCGGUUAACAUCUUUAUACUUUGUUCUCACUUUUGGACCAAGGGGUCGGAUAUAUCCCCUCCCCCCAUCCCCCCAAAGGCCUUUCUGGUCCUAAAAUGUCUGCCAGUUAAACACUUUGGAAAGUUGUAUUUUAGUGUGCAGUCUCUGAAAAAAGACACAUGCAGUGACUCCUUGUUUUUUUCUUUUAAACUAUUUAGGCUGAUUUUUCAAAAUGCCGAGUAGGAAAUUCGCCGACGGCGAGGUGGUAAGAGGUCGGUGGCCUGGAAGUUCGCUUUACUAUGAAGUCGAAAUUCUGAGUCAUGAUAGCCACUCCCAGCUCUACACCGUCAAGUACAAAGACGGCACCGAACUUGAACUGAAGGAGAAUGAUAUCAAGCCUUUAACUUCCUUUAGACAAAGGAAAAGUGGCUCAACUUCCAGUUCUCCCUCCAGACGCCGAGGGAGUAGGUCAAGGUCGCGCUCCCGAUCCCCCGGUCGACCACCUAGAAGUUCCCGCCGAUCCGCCUCUGCUUCGCACCAGGCCGACAUUAAGGAAAUGAGGAAGGAAGUAUUGGAAGUGAAAUUGACCCCGCUGGUGUUGAAGCCAUUUGGGAACAGCAUCAGCAGGUACAACGGGGAGCCUGAGCGCACAGAGAGGGAUGGCCUGCCUCACAGAAACACUGAGGAAAAAUUUCAUCUGUCGGAAGAAAGUAGUUACAUAUCUACACAGUAUAGCCUUCGGCCAAGAAGAGAGGAGAUCAAAUUAAAAGACAUAGAUUCUAAGGAAGAAAACAUUGUUGCAACAAAAGGGUCUACAUUAUUGAAAACCUCUGAAGGGCCAGCCACGCAGACCGAGGGUCUGGAGUUCGGCGGAGUCCCUGGUGUGUUUCUCAUCAUGCUUGGCCUGCCCGCCUUCCUCUUCCUGUUGCUGUUGAUGUGCAAACAGAAAGAGCCCAGUCUUCUGAAUUUCCCGCCUCCUUUGCCAGCUUUGUCUGAUUUGUGGGAAACCAGAGUGUUUGGGCUCUACCUCCUCUGGUUUUUGCUUCAGGCUCUGUUCUACUUACUGCCAGUCGGGAAGGUUGUGGAAGGCAUGCCUCUUACUGAUGGAAGAAGACUCAAGUAUAGAUUGAACGGGUUCUACGCUCUCCUGCUGACGGCUGCAGCCAUUGGGGCAGCCGUGUUCUGGGGCGUGCCGCUGCUCUUCGUGUACCAGCACUUCCUGCAGCUGGUGCUGGCCGCCUUCGCCUUUACCGCGGCCCUCAGCACCUACCUGGCUGUGCGCGCUGCGGGGGCGCCCCCGGCCGCCCUGGCCCCC